AUGGUAGACAAAAGGCCCAAGGAAGAUGUCAAGACUGAGAACGUCAAUCAUAUUAAUUUGAAGGUGGUGGGGCAGGAUGGUCCUGUGGUGCGGUUUAAGAUUCAGAGGCAUACACCACGUAGUAAACUAAUAAAAGCCUAUUGUAAAAAAAAAACGGAGAUGGAAGAUGAAGAUACAAUUGACAUAUUCCAGCAGCAAGAUGGAAGUGUCUACUAA